GCCUGGUUAGCUGUCAUCAUCAAGUCUCGCCACAUAACGCUAGCUAACUUAAUGUCUUAAUGCCAUGAACCGGGAAUAUAUUGAUCAUGGCCAACCUACGGAUUGCUUUAGCCGUCGUGGUUGUUCAGGCCGUCUUGUACAGAAGCUGCGAGGCUCUGCGGUGUAACUGCACCACUCCGCAGUGUGAGAGGAAUGGCUUCCAGUGUGAGACUGAUGGGGCCUGCAUGGCCUCCACUUCCUUCAUCGAAGGCCAAGAGCAGAGCAUCCGUAUCUGCAUAACACGGGACAACCUUGUGCCCCCUGGACAACCGUUCUACUGUCUCAGUGCAGAGGGCUUGCUCAACAUCCACUGCUGCUACACAGACUACUGCAACAGCAUUGACCUCAAAGUACCCACAGUCACCACUCAGGCAGGACCCGGGGGAGGCUACGGCCCAGAUGGGACAUGGGGGCUGGUGGAACUAGUGGCUGUGGUGGCAGGGCCGCUGUUCUUGCUGUGUCUGCUGCUUCUGACCUUUAUGUUCCUGUAUCAGUACCACCAGAGGGCCUACAGCCACAGGCAAAGGUUAGAGGUGGAGGACCCCUCCUGUGAUCAUCUCUACAUGACCAAAGACAGUACCCUGCAGGACCUCAUUUACGAUCUGUCCACGUCUGGUUCAGGCUCUGGCCUGCCUCUAUUUGUCCAGCGGACUGUUGCCAGAACAAUUGUCCUCCAGGAUAUCAUUGGUAAAGGGCGUUUCGGGGAAGUGUGGCGAGGACGUUGGAGGGGAGGUGACGUGGCGGUGAAGAUCUUCUCUUCCAGGGAGGAGCGCUCCUGGUUCCGUGAGGCUGAAAUCUAUCAGACUAUCAUGCUGCGCCAUGAAAACAUCCUGGGCUUUAUAGCUGCUGACAACAAAGACAAUGGCACAUGGACCCAGCUGUGGUUGGUGUCAGACUACCACGAGCACGGCUCCCUGUUUGACUACCUGAACCGCUACCCUGUCACCACUGAAGGGAUGAUCAAACUUGCACUGUCAGCUGCCAGUGGCCUGGCACAUCUGCACAUGGAGAUACUGGGAACACAAGGAAAACCAGGUAUCGCCCACAGAGACCUGAAGUCCAAGAACAUCCUGGUGAAGAAGAACUGCACCUGUGCCAUCGCUGACCUGGGCUUGGCUGUCCGUCAUGACUCUGCCUCCGACACCAUCGACAUUGCACCCAAUCAGAGGGUGGGCACCAAGAGGUACAUGGCUCCAGAGGUUUUGGACGAGACGAUCAACAUGAGACACUUUGACUCGUUCAAAUGUGCUGAUAUCUACGCUUUGGGGCUGGUCUACUGGGAGAUUGCACGCCGCUGUAAUACUGGAGGUAUCCAUGAGGAGUACCAGCUGCCCUACUACGACCUGGUACCGUCUGACCCUUCCAUAGAGGAGAUGAGAAAGUUGGUCUGUGACCAAAAGCUUCGACCCAACAUUCCUAAUUGGUGGCAGAGCUACGAGGCCUUACGGGUAAUGGGAAAGAUCAUGAGGGAGUGUUGGUACUCGAAUGGAGCCGCCCGCCUGACGGCCCUGCGCAUCAAGAAGAGCCUCUCCCAGCUCAGCAUUCAAGAGGACAUUAAAGUGUGAGCUCAGAGAACGAGCACUGAGCACUACCCGACUCCAGACUUUUGAAAACUGAGCACUUUGUAAAAUAUUUCUCCAUUGACACUCCUGCCAGUUUUGAAGCCACUUGAUUUCUGACCAACCCUACCUCGCUUACCCAGCCAAACUACCAAGAACACCUUUCCUGUCUUGUCCUCAGCUACUGCUGCCCUUUUUGUCCCUCUCUACACUCCGUACUAACAAGGAUCCUUGGGUUUCCUGUGUACUUGUAUGCAAUCGAUUGCAGGACAUGUAUUUAACCAUUUAACAUUCUGAAAAUCAGUUGCUGAUAUCUCCUCAAGGUCUCUUCGAUCACAGUCGCUUAAUAGUUAACACAUUUGCUCUUCUUGUGUUUGAAAGGGUGCAAACUGGGAGUGUUUUUAACUUAUUUUUACUUAUUCUGUUAUUCAGAUGACUCGAUCUUGUUAAUAUAUGGGGUGUUUGUGAGGCUAUUGUUCAGGUUUCUCUGUGCCACCUACAGCAUACAGGCACAUAUCACUAACUGCUUAGAAAUCCUUCAAAGAGAGCUAUCCAUCUGGUUCUGCUACCACUGUGUUGUUUGCUUGUAUGCUGAUUACCAUGUAAGCAUGUACAAAGCACUUAGGGCAGUUUGUGUUUGAAAACUUCAAAGUCAUAGGAGCUUGGCAACUUGCCAAACAUGAUUUAGCCUUUGGACCCCUUGCCUGGAGCCCUUUCCCAUAAGCUGUUGUAAACCUCAGGUUUUCCUUAUGCUAUCCAAUCAACAAGUUGUUUUGGCUCUUCAUCUUAAGCAACAUACAGACAUAGGAAUCAAGCAAAAUGUAUUAAAGUAGGAUGGGGGGUUGAAUGUAGAGCAACAGCUGCCAGGGUCUGUGUGUUUUAUUUGUUGGAUCUUCUUAGCUGAGACACUGGCUUCGGAUUGGGACACUUCUUACAUAAAUACAUGUAGAAUAUUUAAAUGGUUGUAUCUAUCUAAAGCCGCUGUGUUUGAUCAACCCACAGAACAUAACCUGCCAUGAGAGUAAGCUCAGAUAAGCCGGUGUGCACGACACUCAGAUAAACCUUACGUUCUUUGCAGCAGCGAAUCCUAUUUACACUGUACUUUCAAACAUGGGAUUUUUUUUAUUUUGAAUCCCUUUUUAAAUACACUAACCCUGAAUCUGAAUCAUAGCUUGUUUUUAUUAUACGUUUUUAAUAUAUUGUCAGAGCAUGUCCAAUGUUCCUUUCCCUGCAGGGCAUAUAUUUCCUGGCCAAGUAUAAAUACUGCACAUAAACUAGCUGUUUAGGAUGAUACUAGUGUAAAUAAGAUGGUUCAAUUGGAUUUUAUGUCGUGUUUGAAAUGGUUGAAUCUCUUACUAACUUGUGUUUUGUUUUUGAUGACGAUCUACUGUUUGACCUCUGAAAUGAUAUUUGUGUGUGUCACAGCUCUAAUGUUGACUUUUCUCUAAUAGCCGUCUAUGACUGCUCAGCAGCAUUUGAUUUUUCCCUUCAAAGCUCCGUUUGUUCACCAUACAAUACCUCCUCAGUGUGCAAAUUGUAGGUGGAUUUUUUUCCAUCAAUCUAACUUUGUCAGAAAUCACUGUCGAAAUGUUUUGUUUUCAGGAAAUAGGUGCACUUUUGUCUUUAGCUGUAUGCAAACUCAACAGGUACUUUGUGUGUGUGUGUGUAAUCUUUCCCGUGUUAUUUAUAUUUGUAUGCUGUGAGUCCCUACGCAAGGCUGAAGGCCACGUGUGCACUACUACUGACCUCGCAGCAUUAAAACCAAAUGUUCUCAGAAUUAUCUCUGGUCAUGUCCUCAAGUGUUUAUUUAAGAUCACACCACUGAAAAUGAGAAUGUUUAUACAAAUCACGCCAACCAGUUGCAGAACUCUGCUGACUAGAGACUGUAAGGAGGAUCUGACUUUGUCUUUGGGAGAAGAAAUGUAACUAAAUACUACUGAAAUGUCUGAAUUGCUGUCUCAAAAAUGUGUUUGACCAAUACUUUUAUUUUAAAAAUCACUCUUUCCCUGAAUGUUUAAGUCUUUCAGGAUGUAUGUAAGAACAAAGAGACUGCCCUUGAGGCUGUGAAAAAAUGUGUAGAUCUACUGUUUGAUAAGUGGUUGAGUGUCAACCAUGACAUACACACUAAAGGGGAAUGACUGUCUUGUCCAAUAGUACCUGCCUUACAAUGUAUAAAAUGCAUAGUGUAUUUAAGGUUGAAAUACCUUGCUCCAAGUGUCACCAAGAAAGAAAGAAAUUGGUUGUUAUUCUGCAGGCAGUGAAAGAGACGACUGCAUCCAUGUAAAAACCCCUUCAGGACUUCAAUCAUGUACCUUCUAAUAUAGUAAUAAAUGCAAUUGUUUUCAUAA